UUCUUGACAGUGUUUACUUCACCCAAAUUUAAACGGAACUUUUUUCUUUGCACCAUGAUUUACCAAGUGACCUCAUAGCAAAUAAAGUGAUUAUUGUUUUGCAAGAUCGUCUUCACACCCACUGGCAGCCACCAAGUCUUGCCUUUGGCUGCUCAUCUCUUAGGCAUAACAGCUAACAAGCCUGUCUGUGCAUCGGGGACGAUACGUCAGUAAACCCUAAAGAAAAAGAAGAAUCGGGAACGAUGCUGAAUGCCACCCGGUUGCUUCGGUGUAACCACGGCCGUUCAGCUCUGUCCAAACUGUGUGUCGGGUUCCACUGUCUCACUCCAGUUCCACCGACAACCGCAGCCAGGACAGGGCAGCUGUCUUCACAGGACCACGGUAGUUUUUCUGAUUUGUUAGGUACUGACAGAUGCGAACCUUGGCUUAGCAGCAAUAGAGGAUUCUCAUAUUCUCCAGUCUUAAGAAGUGAAACGGUUGGGAAGAUCCCGUCAACAUAUUAUCAUCUAGUUUACACAUGCAAGGUUUGCUCCACCAGGUCCAUGCAGAAGAUAUCAAAGCUGGCUUAUCACAAAGGUGUAGUGAUAGUGACAUGUCCAGGAUGUAAGAAUCACCACAUCAUCGCUGAUAACCUCGGCUGGUUUUCUGACCUGGAAGGGAAAAGAAACAUCGAGGAAAUCCUUGCAGCCAAAGGAGAGACCGUGAAGAGGAUUCAAGGAAGUGAUGCUUUUGAGAUGGUGAUAGAUGAAUCCAGCAAAGACAAGUUACAGUGUGAUGAAGACACUGUAAAAUCUGACAAUAGCCCAGAAAAACAAUAAUGCUUAUAACAACAAUAUAAGUGUGUUAACUGUAUUAUAUUUAAAUCUGAUGGUGUAAUAAAAGUAUUUUUAUUUUUGA